AUGCUCACCAACAUUUCCAACAAACUUGCCACAACCUUUGCCCGUCCGCCGAAAUCCUCAACCAAGUCCCCUACCCACCCUGCCACUUCGGCCCCUCUGGCAGAAUGGCCGAGUAACGUGACGGUGCCGGGUGAGCCGCUUUUUACCCGUCACCUCACUUCUGCCGAUUUGGACGCCCUCGAAGAGGCCGCCGGUCUUGGUCCUCCCAGUUGGUGGCUCGAUGCAGAGCUCGCGUGGUCUGAUUCCUCCCUCGUCGGCAAAGAUGUGCUCUCCUACGAGGAGGAGGUUGCGUUGACAGCUAUGCUCCGCGCGCCCUUCGAACAGGCGGGUCCGAUUCGUUCGGCGGCGAGUGGACUUUUGGAUCGGCUGAAUGAGCUUGAGCGCUUACAGGCUCUUGCUUUGGAGGAGGGCCGAAGGCGGGCCCAGGGGAAGGAGAAGAGAGUGCGGCACCACUCCACCCUCCGACUAGCAGCGAAAUCGAUUGAUGUUGAGGAAGAGGAGAAGACAGUUAUAGAAAGGAAAGGCGAUGUUGAUGGGCACUAUCGUAGAGAUACAUACGCUGUGAAUAAGCAUAAGCCAGUCUAUUCCACUCCAAUGAAAUCGCAUCAAAGGCAGGAACAGGACACGCUAAAUCCUCGAAUCUGCAAAAGUCCUGAGCGGAGGGAGACAAACCGUUCGGAAGGCUGUGAGCUCCAGAGGACAUACUCCAAGAAUUCGCUGAAUCGACUCCACGUGGAGGGUGAACUCCAACGCUCUCUCAAUGCCAACAUCGCGGCCUCAGAUUUGAGUGGCAACUCUACCCAACUCUUGGGUCGCACCUUUGAUGCUGAGGAGUUAAGCGACGUUUUUCCCAGUCCACGAGCCUCUAUGGAGCGUAUUAAUACUGGUCAGCCCCCGCCUCCUCCCACACCCUCCUCCGAACUGCCUCAGGGCGCCACUCGCCACCUCACUUUUGUCCGCCACCCCACUCAGUCACGAAAUCUUCAUCGUGACAACACUCUCCUUCCUCGCUCUUCUGCCUCACCGAUGCGCAGCCCUCGCCCACCCGCCGCCACCGUCAAUGAGCUUCAUCACAAACUCUCCGCUCCUGAUAUCAUGAUUAUGAAAACCAGUGACUCAGGGUCUAAUAUCCUUCCUACCAACAUGUCGGAUGCCAUGGCGCUGAUGCGCGAACAGGAAAUGAAGCUACGCGCGUCUAGCGGACGAACUGGUGAAAUCAAUAUUUCUCUCACCAGCUCUAUCGACAGUAGUGGAGGUGGUCGUGGUCGAAGCACAGAUCGGUUGAAUAAGUCUUUGCAAGGCGAGGGUGGCAGUCUGUCUCGUAUUUUUGAGCAGCGCGGGAUCAAGGAUGUUCCCCCGCGUUAUGACUCUGGAAGUAAACGUGCGGUUGGAACUGACUUGUCACGGAAUAAGUCCUUAUCGCAAUCUAGUUUGAAGGACAUGGCUUCGUUGACAGAGAUGAUUCGGGCACAGGCAGAAUCGCUGAGAGCUUCGGGUGAGCAGGUGAUGCAGAAGGUACGCUCUCGGGACUCCCUUACUCGGUCGGCAGAGAAUUCGUUGAAGGGCUCCGGCUCGUCGAUCGGGAGUGAGGUGGCCUCGCCUCGACCACCGCCAGCGGCUGAGCCAUCUCAGAAUGAACCUCUCCGUCACCAAUCUAUUGAACGACCCACCGAGCUACGCGACUCCGGUGCUACUUAUGACUUGAACGCUACUCGUGCAUCAUUUAGUAGCAGCAUCCAGUCCGGUGAUGUUGCACUACCGAGGAAAUCCACCUCUCCGGUGACAAUGCGUCGUCCAUCACGUGGAAGUAAAUCCAACAUUCCUCCGCCUCUCACUUUACCGGUUGAUAUGGAGGCUGUCACACCGGAUACGCCAUCGACCGCGAAAACUGCUCGUCCAGGUAGCUAUUUGGAGCAGUUGCACAGCGCCAAGCACGCAAGCAGUGCGGUGGAGGCUUGGGUAGCGGACACCAUGACUACAAUGAACUCAGAGGCAAUGGAUAUAAAUUUGGCCGCUUCAAGCGAAUCAUUCAGUGGUUUAAGGGACAGUUCGGAGACCUACGCGUUGUCGGAGCAUCCGCAAGAACGUCAAAGUGAGUUGUUGCGUCCUAGUGGCCUGCGGGCCCCCUUGUCGAAGCUAGUGAAACCGCCACAAAGCCCUCUGGCGUCAAAUUCGGAAAACGUAAUGACCAACUCACAGCGUACAUUGAUUGCGAAGACGCCCACCACGCCUACCAGAGGGCCUUCUGGGAUUAUACGCCGAGGAAUAGCUCCCGCUGCAAUUUCUAGUGGUGGGAGGGGAGGGAGAGGAAUUUCAUCAACCCGUCCACCAACUAUUUUGCGUUCACAACCGCCAAAUAGGACUUCGACUACAGUACCGGGUUCUUCAGCCCGUGGAGGUGCCAGAGGACAGGCAUCACAACUGCGACCACCAACAAGGGUAAAGCUGCCUUCAUCAUUGCCAAGAGGCCGUUACACUCGAGGUGGUGGGAGUGUACCGAGAGUGACCUCACACAAUCCUGUACCACCAGAGUAA